CCCGGAUCUCCUCGGACAGCAAUUAUCAGAAAAGACGUUUAAGCUUGGCUAGGGCGACGGCCUAUUUGACUGCAACCAACAAACUAUUAACUUUCAGCACCGGUCCGAUGGUAUCGUAUGAGAUCUGAAGCUUGCCGCGGUCUGAAAGUUAGCCUUCAGUGCGCCGAGCCGAGCCAGUCCAGUCGAGCAUUCAAGUAGCCUUGGAUCUUUCACUCUCUGCCCUCAUGACCAGACCACCGGGUGUCCACGCAAAGACCACGCUUACAUUGAGCUGCUUGAGGAACGUGUUUCCCGUGCAGACGAUAGCCCCUUCAGAAACCCGACUGCGCAAAAAGAUCAAGCCAUAGACGAGCGACGAGCCGCAUCUCAACCCCCUCCCCAACAGAGUGAUACGGGGGCGGUUCGGCGAGGAACGCAGAACGACGAUACCGGCAACUGUAGGGGAUACGAGACACGAUACCACACUUCGCCGUGCCGUGUCUUGCAGAAGCGUUAGCGUCUGCGCGCAUACAUUACAAACCAUGCAUUUGACGGCCUCGAGCUUCCCAGCUCCCGCGUCAGCCUUGUUACCCCCCACAAUAUCAGAUAUAGCAACACCGCCAAUACCCACGGGUGGGGGUCUGCCGGACAAAGACCAUGAAGGGAACCUACAGAACUGGUCCUCCUUAAUCGGUAUCAUCACGGCGAUCGUCGGCAACGUCCUGAUAGCCCUCGCGCUCAAUGUACAGCGAUAUGCGCACAUACGCCUCCAUCACGAGAGGGCCGAGAUAAAAGCACGUGCUCGCCAGGCGUUACGGGACGCAAAAAGGAAGAGGCAGGACCUCGCUAGCAGCGGCAGCUACGGAAGCCUGGAAAGUAGUGGUACCGAUCAUGGCAAGAGGGACCUUGAUAUCGUCCGCCGUGACAUAGUUGAAGAAGCAGAGACUGGCAACGCAACCUCGGACGAGAGAGAACCUUUGCUACAACGAUUCCGGUCGACAGGGUCCCAGGAUGAGGAUGGAUACGGCACCACCAAGUCACCUGGUGGUGGAAACAAGCAGGAUGACGUUUCGGCAAUCAGCUACCUCCGUUCACCAUACUGGUGGCUGGGUCAAAUCCUUAUCACGGUGGGGGAAAUGGGCAACUUUCUGGCCUACGGAUUCGCUCCGGCAUCCAUCGUGUCACCCCUUGGCGUCGUGGCUCUCAUCUCCAACUGCGUCAUUGCGCCCAUAAUAUUUAAGGAAACUUUCCGGCAGCGUGAUUUUUGGGGUGUCGUUGUUGCCGUGGCAGGUGCUGUCACCGUUGUGUUCAGUGCCAACACAGAGGAAAACAAGCUUGCCCCUGAUGAUGUCUGGCAUGCCAUAACAACUUUAGAGUUUGAGAUCUACAUGGGCGUCUCGUGCAUUUUUAUUGCAUUGCUCAUGUGGGCAAGCCCAAGGUACGGACACAGGUCCAUCCUGAUCGACCUGGGCCUUGUCGGUUUAUUUGGUGCCUACACAGCUCUAUCAACCAAAGGUGUUUCUUCAAUGCUGUCAUCCACUUUGUUGGGUGCUUUUAGAACACCCGUAACUUAUGCGCUGCUGUUCGUUUUGCUUGCCACCGCCGUCAUGCAGGUUCGCUAUGUGAACAAGGCACUUCAGCGAUUCGACUCGACGCAGGUUAUCCCUAUUCAAUUCGUCAUUUUUACGCUAUCUGUCAUCAUCGGCAGCGCUGUUUUGUAUCGCGACUUUGAACACACCAAUGCUGAGCAGGCCGUCACGUUUGUUGGCGGUUGCGUGUUGACCUUCUUUGGCGUUUUCCUCAUUACUAGUGGGAGGCCGCAUCAUGAUGAAGAAGAAGACGACAACCUGUCCGACAUCGACGGUGUCGAAGAGACUAUUGGUCUUUACAACCAGCAAGAUCAGAGCGGUACUGGCACGAAUACGCCUGCGCCAACACCUGGGACUGAUGCAUCCUGUAUGACUGCGGGGCGGUCACGACGCACAUCUCGGGUCAGCUUUAUGAGCCAAGCUGGGCCACCUGCCACCUUGGUCUUGGACAGCGGCAUUCCCCCGCUCCGUAAACCGCCAUCUAAGGCCCUCCUGGAUGAGGGUGAAGAUUCUGCUACGUUGGGCACCAAUCUAUGGACAGGCCCACCGUCGCUGGCAUCCACUUAUCAACAACACCCCGUCCAUGGUAUCCAUGCGGGUAACUCUGAACUAAGACUCACAUUGCCGGAGUCGGUCCCAGGCUUUCAUGAGCCGCUGGCGCGCGUCCACUCUGAGCCAGCAUCAGCGAUCCACACACCCUUCAACGAAGUUGAGCCCAUGAUGCCUGCCACACCGUCCACGGGCCGUACUCUCGCCGCGCGACCGAUGACAUCAGGACGGUCGCAACAGCACCAUUUCCUAGGCCCCUUUUUCUCACCCUCGCCACUAUCUUCUACAGUCAGUGCUGUCGUUGCCGACACUCUGUUGUUCCGGAGUGGGGAGGGGCCGCCAUUGUCAAGAAGACUCGCUAUGCGCAGGAGUCGACCGAGUCUGCGGGCGAGCCUAUUUAUGCCUCAUGACGAAUCCAUAGAGGACGGCGGUGUCUCUGCUACCGACGCCAUAGCAUCUUGGGACGACGGGGCCAUCAACAACAAUAUAUCGGGUUCAGUCCUACCCUCAAGCAGUACGCGGCCCUCUGUCGGGAUACGGGGCCGAGCCCGCAGUCUUAGUUACACUCUGGGCGAGCUGUUCGGGUCCAGAAGUGACAAGAGACGGAAAACGAACCCCGACGGCGAUGACGAAGAUUUGGAGACUGGGGGUUACGACUCCAGCCAUACGGCCGCGUUAUGAGCUUGGUCAGUUGCGAUUGCAAUUCGUCUUGGACUCCCUCCACCGUAUAUAUAUUUAGAUACAGACCCAUACACCACCUGUUCUCUCGUCCCAGACACAUACACACAGAUAUAUACAACACCCCUUUCUAUCACUCUUAUUCCUCAUCAACGCCUUUUUUCUCUCUCUCUCUCUUUCUCUCUCUUUUCGGUUCUUCUACUUUUUCAAGACUGGGUUGUUAUUUUGCGCAAGGGCAUGCGCAGAAAA